UCAGGUGAUGAGGAGGGUUUUUAAGAGUUUUCCGAGGACGAAAGGCGGGAAUUGGGGUAGCCGUUGGGCACUUGCUCGCUUCAAAAGGCGGAGUUUUUCUUGAAGUGCUCCCAAGGAGAGGAAGAGUCAGCAGGAGUGACUUUCCAGGGGAGCGUGGACGCUGCUCUAGUCGGCUGCAGAACUCGCUGGGAGGAAGGCGAGGAAGCUGGGCGGGAGACGGGCGGCUGUCCUCAGGGCUGGAGGCCGCCCUGGCGGGAGAAGGAGCCUGCUGAAGGGCCAGACAGGCUCCUGUGCAGUGUGCUGACCCAGAGCUCAGGCUUCCUGUCUGCAUCCGACCCUGAGCGGUUCAGGGACGAGCGUUUAAUUUCAGAAAGUUUAGGAAAGCCUCCUUCGUGGACCGUCUUCGUUGUAUUUGUGUCCCUUUUGUGCUUUUUCAGCCCAGCGCUUUCAGAGCACGUCCUUAGACCACCAUCUAUACUGGUGCAAGUUCUUAAGCCAAGGGGAGCCUGCGCCUGGUGUAGUGAGUCAUAGAAACUCUCCAAAUGAGAGUGCUGACCUGCUAGGAUAUGCAGAAAACGUAACAGCCCAGCUUUGAUUAAAGAUGACUUCCUUGUUUACUCAAGAAGUUCACCUUUCUAAAAGGCAUGAAGAAAUAGUGUCCCAAAGAUUAAUGUUACUUCAGAAAAUGAAAAAUAAAUUUGGAGAUCAAAGCACAGAGAGGGCAUCUCUCCAAGCCACCGAGACUGCUUGUAGAAGGAACCUCCAGCUCUUGCAGGACAUAGAUGUUGCAGAGAAAGCUUUUCAGACCAAGCUUACCCCACAUCCACAGCCGGAGAUGCUUUCUCUUGAGACUCAUUACUGGGCAUCAGUAGAAGAACAUGUCCCCAAAUGGGAACAGUUUCUUUUAGGAAAAGCACUCGUUCAGUAUGUACCAGUUUCAGGAAGGCUCAGGAUGGUUUUGAAAAAUGAGAGCUGGGAAUGGCUACUGAAUUCCGACAGGCUUAUUUGAAGAUUAUCAACCUUGUGAAGACAAAUACCCCUCCCUCAGUGCUAUCUUUCAACUCCCCCUCCCCCUCCUUUCUAUUACCAUUAUCUCUAAAACUUGAGAAAAAUAAAACACAUAAACUCGGAAAGCUGUGGGUCACAACCCUCAGCAGAGCUUCGAGUCUCUGGUUCCUCACUGGCUGCCUGAGCACUGGGAAGAAAACAGCGUGGGUUCCUAGCUGUGGAGACAGCUUCUGGUGAGGAGUCUGCACUGCUCCGCAUUCUGAAUCCUAAUGUGGUUUUAUCGUGGUAGGUGAAGGUUCUUCCUUUUGUUUUUUUGUUUUGUUUUGUUUUUGUUCCACCUUUAAGAUAAAAAUCUCACUCUAUAGAUCAAGCUGGCUUUGAAGUCACAGCCAUCCUCCUGCUUCAGCCUCUGAACAUGGGGAUCACAGAUAUGAGCCCUGAUAUUUAGGUAUCUAGAUAUUUGUAUUUUUAAAAGAAGAAGACAAGAGUAAGUUAAAACACACAUAAGCCCUCACUACAACAAAGAACUAGUAAAACGUCCAUUGUGCCACACGUUCCUGUUCACUGCCAUCUUGGAAAUGUCCUGUUGAGUGGGUGUUGGUGUGGGUAACAAUAACAUUGUUUUCAUAAUAUGUGCUGGCAGAUUAGCACACUUCUCUGCAGUGUUAACAGUUGUAAUUAAGGAAUAAACAGCACAGGGUGUCAGUCCGAUGACAAUUUCAUCUAUAGUGUCACAAUACAAAAUGUCACAAAAUAUUAGAGCUGUUAUAUAGCUAUAAAAAGUAUCUGCUUAAGAGCCGAAGGCAUCUUUAAGAGAGGAGACAGAGAUAGGAAACGGAACACUGACUUAGCGGCCAGAACAAUUUUAUACAUUCUCAAGACUGUCAUGAAAACAAAUUGGUAAUUUUUUCUGUUACAUUAUAGUUUGGGCUCCAGCCAUCCAGUUGAUUUAGCAGGAAAAUGCAGGUUUCUUAGCAGCUCCAAAUCAGUAAACAGAUUUAGAUGUAGAAAGGAACAUGAGGAAGGUUUCUUUUUUUUUUUAAACAUCCAGUCUCCCAGCAUAUGCACAUAAGAAGGUGAAUGAGGCAAUGCGAAACUUAUUUCUCCUUAGUCAAGUGAAAAAAGGCUAACCAUUUGUUAGCUGGUAAAAUAUUGUGUCAAGUAAGCCGGAACAUUCCAAAAUUAAACAGUGGUUGAUAUGUUAACGUCCUCAAAUAUUUGAGUGCACACUUCCUUUGAGAUCUGUAAAUUAAAUCACCAGUAGGUUGAAUUAAAAUACAAAAUGAAUGGCAGUGUAACCUCUCAGGAAAGGCUUUGUGUUGUUUUUUUUUUCCUCCCCGACAUUGAUUGACUUGCUAGCUUGGUUUGGGCAUUUUAUUAAGUAUAAUCUACAAAAGCUUGCACAAUGUAGGGCAAAGAGAAGGUGUUUAAAGACUGUAGCCGAGCCAUUUCUUCGUUUUGGUUAAUACUUCACAAAUUCCCGCAGAUGACUUUCUUCUUGGCCCCUGCAGAGACUACCCCACCCCAUCCUGCCUUGUAGACUGUAACAGAUUGCACCACAUGGUGUCUGUUAAAAAAAAAAGAUCCCAUGGGUUCUGGAUAUCCCAUUAAAGGGUUUUAUAUUUCUGUGGGCAAAUUAGCUUAACACAGAAAUUUCCAAACAUUGUUCUAUGGGAGGAAGGAAGGUAAGCUACAUACAAAGUCUGUCUUUUUCUACGACUAGGAAUUACUACAAGGAAACAGGAAAUACCUACUCAUACCUCCUUACCCCAAAUAAAUAUUUUUUAAUUUUUAUUAUUUUUAGUUAUAUGUAUACUGUGGGGGUACACGCAUGCAGGUGCCAAAUAGGUUAGAGGCAUUGCCCCCCAUCCCUUCAUGCUAGAGUUACAAGUUGUGAGCUGCCCAAUGUGGGUGCUGGGAACAGAACUCGGGUCCUCUACAAGAGCAGUAGACCUCUGAACUGCUGAUCUGUGUCCCAAAUCAACCAAAUCAGUGUCUUAACCAGAAUAUAGUUCUCCAUGAACAUGACAUAAUGGAUUUGGGUGUUUGUUUUUAAAGAACAAUAGAGUUUGAAGGGAAACUGUUAGUGUUUGUUUUGGGGGUUUUGUUUGUUUGUUUGUUUGAUUGAUUGUUUUGUUUUUAAGAGCAAAGAUUUUCCCCCAACGCCUUUCUGGGCUUGCUUAAAGCAUAAGUAUUCCGAGCUUACUUUCUGCUGGAACAUUUCUGGUUAUGAAGUUAUUAAAGUAUAAAAUAGUAAAAUCAGAAGGGACUGUAGCUUCCCUCACGCUUACGAAGACAAACUGGAGCUAGAGAGAGGGCUCAGCGGUUUCCGAUUGCAUCGACCUGGUUUGGACUCCCAGCAUCCACACAGCAGUUCACUACUAUCCAUGAUUCCAGUUCCCAGGACUCCAGUGACCUCUUUCUGAUCUCCAUAGGCACCAGCCAUGCAUGUGGUGCACAUAUCUGUAUGUAGGCAAAACACCCAUACACAAAAAGUUACUAAAUAAAUCUAGAAGAAAACUCAUGGAUUAUAAAUACCAAGGAAGAGGCUUCUACUCCAGAGUCCUCUGAAAAGAGAGCAGUGGAUGGAGGCGGAGUCUCAGACACAGUACUGCCUCUGCCUCAGGCAGGAGAGCUUCAGUUUAGCAGCGCAUUGAGCAGCAGCCUAACUUGACUUACAAUGCUGACAUCUGUUCUUUCUGACCCGUUAGAAUAAAUAAAGUGAGGAUGGCAGAAUAUUUAUGUUUGGAUAAAGUUUAAACUUCUCUCUUACCACUUCUUGCCUGACUGGAGCUGUGUGUACAUAAAGUUACCAAUUUCAGAAGAAAGGACCAGACUUGAAAAUCUGUGUGACACACAUUCUGAUACAUUAAACUUAACAUAGAAGCUCAUGAAGCUGGCUUUGCCCAACAGAUUCUUUCUUCCAUUUCCUUCACUGCUGUAUUAAUUUACUCCAAGCCAAUUUUGUCUUUCAAAGAAGUCUUUUACUUAAAGCCAUGUUUGCAGCCUACCCUACUGAUUUCCUCGACUUUUGAAGAAUGGCCCCAAUCAAGCAGUUUUUAAACCCUUUCUAGUAGUCACCUGUGUGUCUUUAAUUGGAGCAUGGAGAUCGCUAAGAGUUGCAGGCCUCCAGAGUGGGCAAUAACCUGGCAGCGAGCGUCAACAAGAGUGGAAGAAAUGGAGGAAGCAGAAGAGGGAAAAGGCUUUUUGAGAAAGCUUUGGGCUUGCAAUGAGCGGGCUCCACCCUACUCCUCUGUGCAUUGUCUGUUUUCCUUGUAGUUUAGAAGUUAACUUGUCUACCUAGGAAAUUUAAUUCCUCAUUGCUAAUAAAGAGUUUUUGAGACAAACCUA